GUAGCGUCACGCUGCGACUCCAGAGGCUCUAGGGGAGGCUUUGGUUCUCUCUCUAUCAAAGAGCCGCGUUGGCGAAGAGCUGAGGGUUCGCGCUACCGGAACUCCCUCCGUCGAAUGGUACCCCCUGAGUGGACAUGACGGGGAAGAAGUCCUCGAGGGAGAAGCGGCGCAAACGCGGCCGCUCGGAGACUGCGACGUCCACGGCGCCGGUCCCGCCGGGCGGAGAGCGGCGGAAGCGGAGAAGCACGGACUCGACGAGUCUCCCUCCUCCCCAGCCACAGGAAAUGAAAUGUUCAUUGCCAUCUGUGGAAAGAGAGAAAGAGAAAGAAGUAGAGGAGCCUAGUGAUAUUGAAGAAGGUGGAUUGGACCUCACUGUAUCAUUAAAACCAGUUAGCUUUUACAUAGCAGAUAAAAAAGAAAUGCUUCAGCAGUGUUUCUAUGUCAUAGGAGAGAAGAAAUUGCAGAAGAUGCUUCCUGAUGUCUUAAAGAACUGUUCAAUAGAUGAAAUUAAAAAACUCUGCCAGGAACAGUUAGAACUUCUAUCAGAAAAAAAACUCUUGAAGAUUCUUGAGGGUGAAAAUGGGAUCGACUCUGAUACGGAAGAAGAGGCAGAUGAUGGAUCUAAGAUGGGAUCAGAAUCAGUCAGUCAGUAUUCCUGCAGUCCCUGUGGCCAGGACCUUUUUUUCUCCGAGGCUUUACCUGGACUUCUUGUGGGGUCGCUAUCCUCUUCGGGUUUUAGCCCCUGGGCAUCUCUCAAACCAAGACAAGACAACAGUGUAGAUUCUACGUCAUCCCUGAGGGAGAACAAGCAACCUGAAGGUUUGGAAUUAAAACAAGGCAAAGGUGAAGAUAGUGAUGUCCUCAGUAUCAAUGCUGAUGCAUAUGACAGUGACAUAGAAGGACCAUGCAAUGAAGAAGCAGCUGUGCCAGACGUACCAGAAAAUGUCAAAAAUGAAACUGGUCAAAUAGAUGACCUCCAGAAGGACAUUGAGAAAAGUGUGAAUGAAAUACUGGGAUUGGCAGAAUCCAGCCCAAAGGAGUCUAAAGCAGCAGCAUUGACUGUCCCUCCCUCAGAAGAUGUUCAGCCUUCAGCUCAGCAGCUGGAGCUCUUGGAACUUGAAAUGCGGGCCAGGGCGAUUAAGGCCCUGAUGAAAGCUGGUGAUGUUAAAAAAAUAGCUUAAGGUUAUUUCAUUUUAAUAAGCUUUUGGAUUUCCUUGAAGAAAAUAAUGUCAGUUUAUUUCAGUUAUAAAAUUUAUUUGUAUUAUAUGUGACAUUCCUCAUUCAACCCUAUUUUGCAAAGCCUGAUCUUUGGCCAAAACUGCUUAUGGUUAUUUUUUGUUGUUGUUUCUACUAUGAGGUUUUCGUUUUCUGUUUUUUAUUUGUGACUCAUAAAGCUGGAUUAUUUGUACACUUUGCUAGAUCAGUAUUUAUUUGGGCCUGGUUAUUUCUUUACAUCCAUUAACAAAGGGUCCCAAAUUAUAUACAUUUAAGUCUAAAAUACAACUUAAUGCUUCACAAAAAAUAAAGACCAAGUAGGUUGCCUUUGACUGCCUGCACUUUUUCAGUAAGAAGUUAAAUUAUUUCCCUUUAAACUUCUUCACAAUUAAAAAAAUUCAGUUUUAUAUAUGCACUUUUAAGAAUACAGUGUCUUGAAGAUGCCUUUUAUUGAUUAUUGAAAUAUUCUAAUGUGGUUUUGUGAGGCUUCUCAUUGGAUCCAAGAUGUUAAGAAUAUGUACCUAUUAGUUAAAGCUGAAGAACUUUAUUUUUUGGACAACUAAAUGCAUACUUAGAGAUCUAAAGGGGCUGAGGAGGAGCCUUUUAACAUAACAAUAUAAAUAAUUUUCCAACAUUCAAACAAACCAUUUUAAAAGAUAUUUGGUUCUAUUGGAUGCGUUGUUGAGUUUCUUUCCUAAUUGGAGAAAAAAAUUCAUUUACAUUCCAAGUUAUGAGUAAAAGAGAAUUUUUUUUAUUGUACCAAAUUUUACCUGGGAGUUUUUGGUUGAAGAUCUGAUGUGAAAAUUCAUUCAAUUCAAAAAAGGACUACUGUUUUGGAGAUGAAGACUUUUUGAUACUUUGCCAAUAAUAAAGUUGUUUCAUAUCGGUGUGGAGCACUUUGAUCACCUAAUAAAAUGUUACCCUCUAGUUUUGUAGCAUUUAUAAGAAAAUUAACAUCUUACAGUUUAUCCUCAGGAUACUUAUUUUUCUUUGGCAAUAAUUUUAAAUUUUAGUACAAAGCUAAUUUGGGAGACUCUUCGCUUAAAUCAAUUUUUACUGGAAUGGAUAUAGUACCUCAAUUUUUAUAUUUGACUAUAAACAAAUAGUUGGUAUGUAUGUGCAUAUAUGUUUUUAUUAAUUUACAUGCCCAUAUAAACUAAUAAAUUAUCUCCUUUUGGUGUUCAUGAGAAGUUUUCUAACAGCAGAAAACUCAUGGAGCUGCAUUUUUAUUGUGAAGCUUAUUUAUUGUAUGUUGGUAUUGAGUUGAUUUCCUAUGGAAAUAGAUGGUACUUAUUAAACAUUUGUACUGCACAUGUUCUUUAUUUUUUUGGUUCCCCAAUACCAAUUUUUUUAAGUUGCUAUAUUUCUUUUAUCCCUGAGUCAUUCUCAUGAAACUCAUCAGCCAAAAUUGAAAUAGUUAAUCUUUAAAUUGUUAAAUGUGGAUAUUAAUUUGAAUAACAGGUACCCACUGUGAUUGGUUUAAGAUAAAAUAACAUUGAUUGAAUUGAAGUAAUCUUUUUUCUUACUCUUACACUUACACAAAGUUAAUACUAAUCUAGUGCAAAAUGAACUUUUUAAAAAGCUUGCCAAGUUAUUGAGGUGAAUGAUAUUAAUGUUACUAUAGCAAGAACUAUAGAGGUUUGAGUGACACAUGAAUGACAAAAAUGACCACCUUUAAGGAUGUUAAUUUUUCAUUUACAAUCCAUUAUUCACUGUGGUUGGAGGACAUUUGAGUGGAGUGGGCGAGUAUGAGAUAGAAUGGAAUGAACAAAUGAGAAGUUGUCAGAAUUAUGCCUAAGACAAAUAGGUUCUCUAUUUUCAGGGCUGUAGUUGUGGCUGUUUUAGCAUUUUCAUUUGAUUAGUAGCCAAACUUUUAGAAAUUACUUUUCUUUUUUAUUAAGAACUUAACAAAUUUUAACAUUUCAAUAAAAGAACAUUUUAUAUGAAGCCAAACUUGUGUUAUAGUAUGGAAGUAUAGAUAAAGAGCCAACCUUUGAGCCAAAAAGAUGUUAGUUCAUCUCCCUCUAGCAUUACUGCCUUGAUGACUCCUUUGCCAAAUCACUUUACUUUUCAGUGCUCUAAGAAACUCUCAAGGACAAUAAGUUAUAGAUAACAUGCCGACCUACAUUUCUAGAGAGUAUCCUCACUUGGGAGUUGCUUAUACCAAUAAAAUCACAGAUCCUGUACUUAUCUAUUUAACUUAACAUAGCAACAAAAACGUCCUGCCAUCUGUCAGUUGUUAAUGGGUUAUAUGUAUUGGUAAACAAUCUCAGGCACAAGAUCUUAGUGUUCUUUAGAACUCCCUAUCCAUCCACUCAGGUGUACUUUGAAACCAUCACAGAAAAUCCCAAAAUCUCCUUGAAAACCAUAAUCCCAGAGCCCUUUAUGCUGGAGUAAAUCUGUUCUCUCUAUACUUUAUCAUUAAGAAUUACUUUCCAUAAAUGAGUUUUUUUAAGGCUAAUGAUUUGGGCUGAGGAUUUUCAUUCCUAUUACAGUUUAUAGGCAGGUCAGAAACUGAGGCAAGAGGAUCUAAGAAUAAUUUCUGAACUAUUUUGGUAAUAAAUCCAACUCAUUUAUUAAUACCUUUUUUAGACCUAAUAAUGCAAGGCAUUUAGAAAUGCUUGUCUAAUAAUUUUUAAGACUCUUAUUUCUGUUCCACCAUGAAAAAUGAACUUAGAAGACGUUUUAACUUGAGAUUUUAAUUAUCUUAUAAAGACAGUGAUCAGAACACUUGAACUACCUGGGCUACUAAAUAAAGUGAUGUUUUACAAGUCACUUUAAACUCUCUAAUUCUCAUAUUCUUUACCUAUAAAGAAAGGGGGUGAGAUUUAUCUGGUGCCUUCCAAUUCAAAAUGCUUAUAAUUCUAAUAGACUAAAAUUUUAGGAAACUGAAAUUCCUGAAAUGUUCUCAGCAGGCAUGUGUGAGGUAAGUUGAUUUUUUUAUUUUUCAUACUGGGAAUGAGAUA